UGUUUACUCUUCAGUACAGCUGUGGAGUCAGAGUUAGUGUUUGUCCAACAGACAAAUGGAUAGAACAGUGUCUAUAUUUCAACUGAAGAUGGAGGAUAGGACUUCUUUUAUUCUGCUGUCUUCUCUACUGCUCCUCACCUGUGGUACAUCAGGGCAAGACAACGCCGGGUGUGUUAGACCCAUCCUGGAUGCCAAGAUUGAGUUGGCCACUAACCAGACGCACUUUAGCCCCGGUGUGCCAAUAACACUGUCCUGUAAACAAGGAUACACCCCUGUGUCAGGACCCCGCAGGAUCGUUUGUACUGUCGACGGAACGUGGACAAACACCAGAUACAUGUGCAUACCAAAACGAUGUCCCUACCCUGACCCUCCAGCCCAUGGAGAACUGUAUUAUGAAGACACCGUGUACCUCAGUACCAUUAACUACACUUGUGAUGAAGGGUACACAUUGAAUGGAUCCAGCACUGCGGUGUGCCAAGCCAAUGCGACAUGGAGCACACCAGCACCUGAGUGCAAGGCGGUGUCAUGUGGUCUCGCUCCAAUCCCACAGUUCGGACUGAUCAUCUAUGAUAAAACGGUCAGAGGGGGCAAAACGUAUUUUGGCACUGGAGGAACAUAUAGAUGCUUGCCUCCCUAUGCGCUCUUUGGCAAUCCAAGGGCUGAGUGCACUAUCAGCGGGACUUGGACCAGGACGCCUGAAUGUCGAGUGGUGACCUGCCCUCCCCCAGACAACAUUGAAAAAGGCUACAUGUCAAAUGAAGACAGGAGAGAUUUUGACUUCAUGGAAACAGUGAAAUAUGGCUGCAAUGACAACUAUGCACUGGAUGGAAAUAUGGAAAUAGUUUGCCAGCAGGACGGGAACUGGUCAGAAAUGCCGUCCUGUAAGGCCUCUUGUCCUGUUGAAAUACAAAGAGCAAAAAUAGAGUAUAAUGGGGAGAAAAUCUUGAUCAGCGACUUAAAAAUCAAAGUUAUCCUACACAAAGAAAUUAUCUCAGUCUACUGCAAGGACACGGUGAGGAACUGCACUUAUCCGAUUCCAACGCAGUGCAUUGACGGCGUACUCAAACUCCCAGAAUGCUUUGAAGAACUCAGUGAGUUUGAGUACAACUUGAAUUCUACUUCUCAUCCGUCAGAAAUUCAACAGUGCUGAGUUGGACUCCCCUUCUGAAGAGAAUGUUGCACUAAAGAAUUAGAAGCAUUUCAUUUCAUCUCAGUUUUUGUACCUGAGUUGCUUUAAACCUUUGUCUUUGUCUGCAUGUUCAGUGUCUACUAAAGCCAUUUCAUUUUUGGUUCUUAUAAGAAAAUAAAUCCAUUAAACAGGAUCCAUGCAGGUUCUGUAAUUGAUAAAGUUUUCUAAUAUUUGUAAUUUUGUCAAGUGGUUCUAAAUUGUUUACUUGUUCACGUACAACUUUAAAAGUCAUGCAAAACGAAAAACUAAUUUCAGUGUCACAUUGAUUUAUAAAAUAUGCUUAAAUGUAAACUUUUGUGCAUUAGAGAACAAGCAUGUGAAGAAAUGCAUUUCCGACGGCCGGGUCCUUCAGAAAGCGGGAAGAUCGUAUGUUAAGGCCUUUAAAUUUGGACGGUCUAGCCUUCUUUUAUUAUUAUUUUUUUUUUAUCAUUUAAUUGAACAAAAUAUAAGUUGGUGUAGCUUUGCUUGCUAAUUUCCUGUAGCUUAGCCACCGCGCCUUGAACGUGUGGAGCGCGAAGCUGGAAAUGUUUCUGAGUUAUUUGAUUCAACUUUUACUUUUGGAAGAGUUGGAGCAGAUCCUUCGAUCCAUCGCCGUCGCAGGAACUUGCUAUUAUCCCGGCUGAGAGAAAACCAAAUGCAGGUUGUCACAGCUUGGGCCAUCCUCCACAAUAUCUGCUCCUGUGCUGACGACACCGAGGCCCCAGAGGACGAUGUGGAGGUGAUGAUAAGGAGGAAGCUGGUUUGAAGGUCACCAGUGGUGCUCUCUGGCAGGACCAACUACCUGCUGAGGUUUCUGCCCUGGGGGAGGUACCACCUGACCUUGAUUACUUUUAACAGCAUCCGUCCACAGCCAACCCUGUAAACCCUGAAGAUGGACGAUGCAGUCUACAGUGAAGAUGCAUCCUGAAACUCUGCAGACCAUCCUGCAAGAUGUUCCAAUCACCACCCAGAAAGUUCCAUCCCCGCGUCUCAGUUGAAGCAUCUCAUCCAUGUCGACCAUCUUUGUAAAUAGUGUUACAAUGAAUGACGAUUACUGUGUUGGAUUUAUACCUUUAUUUAUAUUAAAAAAACAAACAUUUUAA